GUUGUGGGUGUGGGUGUCCUUCCCUGGCCCAGGACAGGUGCUUUCAUCAUCUUUCCUGGAUUUUCUAGCCAGCUGUCCUUUCAGAUGCUGACCUGGGGGGCCUACAAGGGCUGUGGGGGAGGGGAGAGGAUCCCCAGGGGCUGAGACAAGGCUCUGGGCUUCCCUCAAGCACGUCUGCCAUCAGUUCCCCACUCCCCUCACCCCAGGGGAGCAACACUCCUGUGUUCAGUGAAUCCCCAUUCAUGCCACACCUUUUCUUACCCCCUCCUUGAAAGGGACUUGAUUCUCCUACAUGUGUUGGUGAUCUCUAGGAAGCUUUCUAGAAAGGUCAAGUGAACUCUCAAGUAAAAUGAAUUCUAACCUAAAGAAAGGAAUAAAAGGUACCUUAACCAGUCUUAAUCCCCUAGCUUCACCAAGCAAGAUGCAUUCCUUCUGCUAAAGCAUUGCUUCAUCAAGCUUCUUCUUGGCUAGUCAUUUACACUUUAGUAUGAGUUUCAUGGUCAUAUCACUAUCUCUGGAGCAGUCUCAGAGGGAAGUCAAAUUUUGUUUGAGGGAAGAGGAAGCACGGAUCAUACUAAUUCAGGACUUGAGGACUGCUGGCAGGGUAGAAACCUGGAGCUGCAGCAGCUAGGAUGAAAACUCCCAGAGGAAGGAGUGGGGCUAGAAAGAAACCAGAAGGUCGGGAGCACCUACGGAGACUGCUGAACUGGGAAGAGUUUGACGAGCUCAGAGACUCCCGCAGAAGCAUCCUGCUGGACACCCUCUAUGAAAGCAUCAUCUUCGCUGCGGGCAAAGGCUUCCCAUGGGGGGAGGUGGCCCAGGUGGUCAAGUUCACGGAAGAGCUGCUCAAGGAAACCAAAGGCUGCUCCAUUACCGAGGCUGUGACAAUCCUGGGGAUCAAGCUCAGAAAUUACCAGGGGCAGUUCAACACCACCCACCUGCUGGCCCUGUGCGACUAUUUCCACAACACCUUCAUCCGCCACUACAAACUCUACCAGUACGUCCUGGGCCAGGACCAGGAUGUCAACCUGACUGUUACUGACCUGGAGGUGUGCACGCCGCCCCAGCCGCUCCCACUGGCCGAGGGCAAGGACCGGGAAGUCUGGAAGCACGAGCAGCAGCUGGAGGAGCUGAGGACGGCCGAGCUGCAGAAGCGGACCGACAUGCUGCUGCUGAAGGGGGCCUUGCGCCUGGAGCAGCAGCACCUGCUUCAGGAGACAUUCUCCGAGCUGCCGGGGCAGCGGCACCAGGCUCUGAAGAGAGAAGAGCUAGAGAAACUCAUCAAUGAGGCCAUUCACAUCCAGAUCGAGUGCCUCAAGGAGCUACUGCAGUAUGAGAUACAGAUAACCUUUGAUAUUUUGGACCUGAAACUUCAGAAGAAGACUCUAAACCUCAAUGCUCCCAUCCCUCCCUUGGUCCCCAUUGCUGGUCAGUCAGGCCAAGACGAAGCUCUUCAGCUGUCCAAAACCAACAAAAGGAAGAAAGCAAAAGCAAAGAAGUAGAAGGCCCCUGAUGUCUACAGUCUGAAGACUCUGAGGAAGAACCAUUUUCAAUGAUGAAAGGAUUAUGUGAUGUGCUCGGCACCCUAUAGGUCAGAGAUGUCUGGUGAUUAAAAGAAACACUCAUAAGUCCUGGCUGCA